AUGCGUGUUGUCAUUAUCGGUUCUGGUCUCAUAGGUCGAUGUUGGAGUGUUAUCUAUGCCCGAGCUAAACAAGAUGUUUUUCUCUUUGAUACGAUGUCGUCGAUGCUUGAGAUUGCUGUAAAAGAAAUUGAUCUCCAACUUGGUCAAUUGAAUCAAUUUGAUUUGUUGUUUAAUCAAACACCUGCAGAAAUAUUGAAACGUAUCCAAACGAUUGAUACAGUUGAAAAACUACAUGAACUAUUUCGACAAGGAAUCGAUCAUAUUCAAGAAUGUAUACCAGAGGAUAUACAAAUGAAAACGAAGCUUUUUCUACAGCUCGAUGACAUUGUUCCCGCGAAUGCAUUGAUAGCUAGUUCAUCUUCGUGUAUUAUGCCAUCGAAAUUUACUGAAAAUAUGAAAACAAGAAAUCGAUGUAUUGUCGCACAUCCGAUUAAUCCUCCGACAACAAUUCCACUUGUUGAAAUUAUUGGUGCACCAUGGACUGAUCCAGCGUUUGUUGAUUUAGCUAUGGAACGUUAUCGUUCUUUUGGUAUGGAACCAAUUCGAUUGAAAAAAGAAGUCGAUGGUUUCGUUGUUAAUCGCUUGCAAUAUGCAUUACUAUCAUCGGCUCUUCAACUAGUUCAAGAUGGUGUUGUUGAGCCUGAAGACGUCGACCGAGCAAUUACACAUGGUUUAGCGUGUCGAUGGUCAUUUAUGGGACCAUUUCAAACGAUUGAUCUCAAUGCGCCGAAAGGAAUUAGUGAUUAUUUUGAUCGAUACGGUUCGUCGAUGCAACGUGUUCUAACUGACAUGAAAUUUCCAUCGGAUUGGACGCAAGAAACAGUGAACAAAGUCGAUCAUUGCUUUCGCUCGAAAUAUCCUGUUGGAGAAAACGGAAGUGGUAUAAAUGAGAAAAAACUCUGGCGUGAUGAACGUUUGCUAGAUUUGGCUAAACACAAGCAAACAUACGUUGAUCGAGAUUAUCGCAUUGUACGUUUCCCAUUGACGGUACCGAACGAUCAAGGACGCGGGAUGAUUCAAGCCAUUGAAAGUGAGCUAAAACAAGUCUAUAAACAGGUUCAAAUAAGAUUGGUACCAGCUGAUGAAGCAAAUAAUAUGGAUUUCUCGGCAAAACCUUGGAAUUUAGCUUCAUCACAACUUGGAAAUAACGGCGUUUUCUGUCAAUUAGGCGGAGCGAAAAAUGUUGAGUUUCAACAAGGUCAUUCAAUUCGCUUUGAUAUAUCCAGUGUUCUUGACCAAUUACACAUUAAAAAUGAGCAAACGCUUGUGAUUGGCCCUGGUGCUGCUGAUCAAACGCAUCUUUCUAUCAACGGCGAACUUGUCUUUAACAUGAAACUUGAUCAAUACAAUAAAAUUACUACUCAACGUUCAUACAGCUCAAUGAUACCGAAAGAUACCGAUGAGCCAUGUCAACAGUUAUAUCUACCGAAAACCUGUGGCCCGUUUCAACAUGUUAUGAUAUCAACAGUUGAUCAGCAAAAAUCUGCUAUUUUAAUCGAAAUUGACGUACAGGAACGUCUCAGUGCUGAACAUGAAGAAGAAAACAACUUCAUAUCUGUUAUAAGACGUAGUGUAAAGCAAUAUUCCAAAGGACCAAUGGCACUCGGAGGCAUUUUUCGCAUAGAAAAGGGUACCGUCAAAGCACAUGUUAUGCCACCCUUUGUCGAUGAUGAUCUAACAAGCAAACAGCAAGUUGAUCAAUGGUUGAAAUUCUAUGAUAUGCACGCACCUUUGAACUGUUUAUCCGUUCUUUUAACCGAAGAUAUCAACAAUGCUGGUUUUCGUUUAGAACAUUCGCACUUUUUCAGUGAUCAUGGAGAAUGUGGUCAUUACCAUUUUGAUACUACACCGAAAGAAGUACAUUAUCAUGGCUAUUUUAUUGUAUGUGAAGAGGCUGUUCUGGUCGAUCCAGUUAAGUCUAAUUUUCAAAUGAUGAUAUCAAUGAUUCUUUAG